AUGUGUCAGUUAAAGAAUUUGUCAAUUAUUUUAUUAAUUGCUUUUGUUGCAACAAUAGUAGAAAGAACAGAAGCAGCAGAUCAUACUGUUGGAGGCACAACAGGGUGGACAAAUAGAGCUAACGCUACGUUUUACUCCGACUGGGCGUCUAAUAACACAUUCAAACAAAACGAUGUUCUAGUUUUCAAUUUCUUUGCGAAUGCCCACACUGUUGCUGAAAUUAACAAGGCAGACUUCGACAAUUGCAAUGUGAGUGGAAUCACAAAUGCCAUAACAACAACACCAGCAAGAUUCACCCUUAACAGAACUGGUGAUUUCUAUUUUACAUGUACUUUCCCAACCCAUUGUCAAUCUGGCGGCCAAAAACUAACCAUUAAUGUCCCAUCAUCUUCUUCGUCUUCUCCUCCUUCUGCUACUCCCCCUUCAUCUGGAACCACUCCAACUUCCCCUACCAGCGGAGGAACACCAUCCCCUUCCUCUCCAACUCAGCCUGGCGCUACUCCUCCAUCACCCAGCUCAGCAACUGCUCUCCUUGCCGCUUUCCCUGCUCUCUUUGCCCUUGUCAUAAACUUGUUGCUUUAG